AUGAGCACUGCUGGUACUGGAAGACUCAACAUGGGACUGAGCACGCCGACGGCUCCGGCAGGAUUGGUGGUAUCCAAGGCUGGAUUGGAGGCGACCGCGCGCGGCGACAAGGUCGUCGGCGUCUUGUGUCUCAAGAUCACGCUUCCCAAGGACGGAGAUGGGCGCCAGCAACGCUGGGAGCUGUUCCAAGGCCCCAAGCCCAAGUUACGAUCUAUUCCUGCGCUUUACCCCCUUCCCGCAUCACUCGCGUUAGCGUCGUCGUCACGACACAUCGCGACCGCUGCGGCACUCCUCGCCCUUCCACCACCCGGCGCAUACCCUCCAGUCACGAACGACCCUGGUCUCAAGCCCCACGUCGACGUCUCCCGGGCAACGGACCAGGUCUUCGUUGUGGUCGACGGCACCCCGGUCCCAACAAACGAAAAAGUGCGGCGGCGCUCGUCGGUCGGUGGGCGGGCUCGCAACGAGUGGCUUGUCGUUCUCGAGUUUGAGGUGCCGAUCGACGAGGAAACGACUAACGGGCAGACGUGGUUCAAGGCCUCCAUCCCGACUCCCAAGUGCCUCGACAACUUUAUCCGCUUCGAGAUCGUCCCGCCCGACCCGGAGUGCACGUCCGCAGAGAUCGUGACAAUGCCGCGGGUUCUCCCGCUGCCGUCGUCCGUGUUUGACGCACACGACCCCUCGACGCCGUCCAAGCGCCGCUUCGACGACGGGUGGGAGGACGGCGAGGUGCCUGGUGCAGGCUCAAGCGACGGCAGUGACGAGGAUAGCAGCUGGCUUCGCGGCCGGUACCAGAGCACGGAUGUCGUCGCGUUACAGUGGGGCUUUGCGCCGGCGCUCGGUACGCCUCCAGGCCUGCGUAUUGUGCCGCACUGGGACCCCAGACAACCCUCUGUCGGGAUCACAUUUGAGGCCGUGAUUGCAUCAACCGACGGGCCGUUCAGGCUCGAGGCCGUUCUUCCGCCCGGAUGGGGUUGGAAAAGUCUGCAGAUCCGCGCCGACGGGCUCUUCUCGUGGCGUUCAGCCGACUUGCCGGGCCUGGGUGCGUUAAUCUCGGCAACCACGACCAUCCCCGACGACUCGAUGUCGACUGUGGGCCCCAUAGAGGGACCGUCUGACCUCGCGUCUCUCGGCGCUGCCGACUUCUCUUUCGAGCUCAACUCGUACAGGGAGGACGACGGCCCAGCGUUGCCUGCAACCCCGAGCCUCCUGCGCAUCGAGCGACAUGGUGCGGCAGUGCUCAAGGUCGUGCCCCGCACGCCGACACUGGCAUCCACGUUUGAGCUGGAGUUCGAGCACUCCAGGAACGACGAGGAGGACGACAGCGUCCUUCUUGUGGAAGGCACGCUCGUGCCGCUGCCCAUGACACUCGUGUCGCCCAACGCGCGCGUACCCAUCCCGUUCUUCCGUUUCGAGGAUGCGACUCUCCCGACCGAGUGCGACGUCAAGUGUCCCGGCGCAGUGCUUGCCCCACAGCCACAGUCGGACGAUGAGGAAGAGUCCCUGUCAUUGUGCUCGACGACCGAACCGUCAGUCGGCACAUUCGCAUGGACUGACGAGGGGGGGACGCCAUUGGCCCCGCACGCAGCUGUGCCGGUGUCAGGCGUCGUUCGCGCAAAUGUCAAGCGCAGUAUCUGGGGUUUGCAGACAUUGUCCGUGCUCCUUCCAUGGCCUACCAACGCCGAAGAGGUGCUGGUGGGCCUGAGCGUUCCGCCCGAGACCGUGCGCGUCGUGCGCGCUUCCGCACGCGGUACCUCCCUUCCGCACGCGGUCCACGCCAGAGAAGAGGACGGCGCCAUCUUUGCGGACGUGCGUGUAGGUAGAGGGCGAGGCAACGUCGAGCUCGUGCUCGAAGUCGCGAGCGACGACGGCGUCGCGCUCCCUGUACUGGAAGGAACAGGCAAGCUGCGCGUCGAGCUCGCUGGCGAUGGGUGGAAGAAACCCCUCGCCUAUCCCCCCGCGACUAACCUUGAGCGCACGGACGAGUGGAUAUUCACAGGCGACCUCGCCGCUGUGCCGUACAUCACCUUUGCUCCCGCACCGCCGCCUGUCUCCACUCCCCCUCCUGCAGAGGAAGACACGGAGGAGACUCCUGUUGAUGACGAGGACAAGAAGGGGGAGGUGGUACUUAUUGUACCGCCAAGCCCACCGCAAGUGGGUGUGGUGAAGCUGUCGCGCACGCGCUCUGCUCUCGGCUCCCUCGUAUCUUGGAACACGCUCGUCAACCUCGUCCUACUCUGGAUCUUGGGCUCGUUGGCGAGCCAGGUCGCCCGCUUGCGCGCCGAAGUUGCCUUUGUGGCAGACGAAGCCCGCGACCUACGCCUGUAUGGUGUCGACCGUGCCAGCGAGAGAUGGAGAGAGGCGAAGAGAGAGGAGGGUUGGCGGGGAGAGGAGGAGCGGUGGCGCGAGGACGCUGGCCGGGUACGCAACUGGGCCGACAGUGUGGUAUCUGAACCUCCCGCGAAACCAGCAGACCACACGAGCGCCGUGCAUACACGAGCGGGGGGUUCUGCGGAUAUCGAGGUUGAUCUCCUCAAGUUGGGCACGGAGCGGGAUCUGAAGAGGGAAGCGGAGCUGGCACCGCGCACCGAGCACGGGCUCGGGCGAGUCGUCCACCCUUCCAACUGGGGGACGUGGCUCGCGCAUCAACCAAGUAUACGCGCUGUGCAGGACACGAUGUCGUGGUUGUGGAACGCGGUGCGGUGGUUGUUUGUUGGAUAG